CGUAGGUAAAGCAUGUGAUUUGAAUAUUUUAAGGUUGCAAAUAUGUUAUUAAAAGAAAUAAAUUAAACAGAAUAUUGUAAUUAACAUUAAAUAGGUUAACAUCAACAUGGAUUUUGCUAGAAAGCAGCUGGAGAAAUACGGUUGGACCGAUGGUAAAGGCUUAGGUAAACAUGAAAACGGCAUUUCGGAGGCGUUGAAACCAAAAUUGAAGCGAAGUGUGACCGGAAUCGGUCAUGACCCUGCUGCAGAAUUCAACGAACAUUGGUGGAGUGUACUCUACAAUAAAGCAGCCGAUAAUGUCCAGGUCCAGGAUAAAAAUGGUAAAACGAAAAAAAUCAAAAUCAAAGAUGACUUCAACAUAUCAACGAACACUUGGCAAAUUGACAAGAAACCUAAAAACGGCAAAGGGAAACAGUAUUCUGAAAAUUUUAUACGCACUGAAGUACUGACCAAAGGUGGAGGGAAGACGGAGAAUGUAAAAGAAUGUGAUAGUCACGAGGAGAACAAUGGAGGUUUAGUUAAAAUGACCGAUGAAGAGUUGUUUGCUGCUUGCGAAGGUCGGACGGCUCACAAAGGUGCGCGCCACGGACUCAGUGCAUUAGGUAAAUUGGCGAGAAUAGCUCAGCAAGAAGAAAUGCUACUAAUGCUACCGAAAUAUAAUGGUUAUUCUCAUGCAAAGAAUAAAGGCGACGAGCAAAUUAUCGAAGACCUAAGCUUACAAUCCGAAGAAGCUGAGAAACGUAAGAAAAAAAAGAAAAAACGGAAACGCUGUACUAGCAAUGAGGGUAUGACAGUUGAAAACAGUGUAGUGACAGCAUCAGAGGUCAUCGAAUCCAGAGAAAUAGAGAAUGUUACUACUAGUGUAGAAAAUAUAGAGGAUGUAGAAAGUGUAGAAAAAUUCAGUAGCAAGAAGAAGAAAAACAAAAAACAAAAGUUUGAUGAAAAUAGUAAUCAUGCAACAGAAAUUAUCGAAAAAACAAAGAAGGGGACAAAACGGAAAAAUAAUGAAUGUAUCAAUAUGGAGUCAAUGGUAGUAGACAAUGAGCGAAAUGAAUUUACUGUGAAAAGUAAAAAGAAGAAAAAGAUACAGAGUAUUUAAACUGUAUAUUUUGCAAACAGUACAUUUAGUAUUAAGAAUAAAGAUUUUUACAAACCGUU